AUGAGCAAACUCAGCGGCGCCCUGUUGUUGUUGUUGUCCCUGUUCCUGUCCGGACGCAGCUCUCGUCGCAUCUUCUUGCCCUUGGGGCCGCCGCGGCGGGUAUUUUGCCAGCUCCGGCACGUCGUACACCCCGGUGAGGACGACCUGACCGUCGUACUCUUCCAGGAGCUGGUCCCGGGCUGCGGCCGUCCAGCAGUCCUUGUCCGUCUCGUAACCAUCACAUCGCGUGUCCGUCGGCACGGGCCCGAACACAACGUCGACGUGCCGCAGGUUCUCGAAACGCCCGAUGCCCUGGAACAAAUACGAAUCCCAGUUCGAAAUGACGCCGUGUCGCCGGCACGACUGGACGAGCGCCGCCGACACGGCGAGGUUCCGGAUGACAUGGACGCGGCCGCCGACGACGCCGCGUUCGUGGAUAACGGCGUGGUGAUGCAGGGUCGUGCCGUCGUCGCCGUCGUCGAACCAAAAAGUGUCGAUUUCGGGCAUAAAAGGCCGCGCAUCCUGCCCAAUGCAGCAGACGGACGAUUUUUCCUCCGACUCCUUUUCCAUAACGCCCAGGGCAAAGAGGCGCGAUUCGCGGCACAGGUGCGCGACGGUGGGCCAGCGGCGCUUCGGGAUCAGCCAGCGCGCGUCCUCGACUUGGGACCGGUUCCCGCGGGCGUAGAUGAAUUUGUGCGGGUCGCACCGAUAAACGCCGGGAGAGGGGAGGAGCGCGAGGCUCCAGAUCUCGGCGCGCAGCUCGGCGGGGAGGUUGCUCAAUUGGGGUUUGGCGGCCAUUGGGCUCAGGACCUGACGGCUGGCCUGAGCCCAUUAGCCGGAGCAGCAUUGACGGGCGCUUUGGCGGCGGGAGCGGCUCUAGCACCGGCAGAUGAUUUGGCAAGGGUUAGCGAGGUUAGCAGCCUGAGCGGUAUUAGCACCUGCGGUCGACUUCAAAAGGCCCUUCUGCUGCUGCUGCGGCUGGAGUUGGGUGUUAGCAAGCUUCGUGGCGCCGCCCGUGAGAGCAUUCUUGGCCGUGCUCGGCGACUGCGGCGUCCUGGCCCCGCCGGUGCUGGGCCUCCGGCCCGCAGCCUGCCUCGCGGGGCAUACAUCGACCUUUAG